ACCUACCCUUUGAGGGGGGUUCUCUACUUCCUGGCGCAUCCAAGUCUAUGGCUCAAAGUGCUCUGCCCGCUACUCUUCUCCAUCGCCUUCUCGCUGGCGUCGACCGUCGUUCUGUUCGUCUUUGCGCUGGCCCCGCAAGCCCACGGCCUCGACAUCCAUCUCCCGGCCUGGCUUGCUUGGAUAAUAGCGGUCAUAUUGGUCUUGAUAGAAAUUUGCGUUGCGAGCAUACUUUUCGUGGCGAUAUGCCUUCCCGUCGUCGCGGACGAGUUAUUCGACGCUGUCGUGGCGUUAUCCACCGGAACGGCGGCAGGACAGGGCAGCUGUGCAAGAGGAUGCUGGUUGGGAAUAGCACAUGCAGGAGUAUGGAUUCUAUACACCGUCUUCGCUCGAAUCCUCGUUUUAAUCGUAACGGCGCCGCUCAACCUCAUACCAGGCGCCGGAACCGUUCUGUUCCUGUUCUUGAACGGCUAUCUUGCUGGGUGGAAUCAACAUCUCCAUUGGUUUGAUCUAAGGAAUAGCGGUUUCAGCGAAGGGCACAAAUUCGUAAAGCAGAACAGAGCGGCGUAUAUGAGUGCUGGGGCUGUGAUGGUACUUCUAGAGAUGAUUCCCGGGGUAGGGAUCCUCUUUAUGUUUACGAAUAUUGUAGGAGCAGCAUUAUGG